GAACCGGAAGUGCCGGAAGAGCGAUGGCAAAGCGCAGAAUGAAUUAUGUGAGAACCAGUCCCUGUAGCUGUUCCAGCUCCUUAUUUUGAGAUUUUAGUACACUUUUAGGCCUUUUAUACUCUGCUUUUUUAUCAUUGUCUCACAUUAAGGGGAGGAUGAGUGCUGAAGCAGCAGACCGGGUGGCCGCUGUGGCCACCAGUCGGCCCAGCACACCUCUCCAGACAUCCUGGUUUGAGUUCCUCCUGGACGACAGCCUGCUGGAGAAACACCUGCAGAAAUCCAACCCAGACCCGAUGCCAGCUCAGCUGAUCAUCCAGUUCCUGGAGCAGGCGUCCAAGCCGUCGGUGAACGAGCAGAAUCAGGUGCAGCCUCCUGCAGACAACCGCAGGAACCGCACUCUGAAGCUGCUGGCGCUGAAAGUAGCCGCACACAUGAAGUGGGAUCUGGAUUUACUGGAGAAAGGUUUGACCAUUCCUGUUUUGAACAUGUUACUGAACGAGCUCCUGUGUGUGAGCAAAGUGCCGCCCGGGGUGAAACAUGUGGACCUGGAGCUCUCCACUCUGCCCCCGACCACCGCCAUGGCUGUGAUCAUCUACAACCGCUGGGCCAUCCGGACCAUCGUGCUGAGCAGCUUUCCAGAGAAACAGACCAAACCAGGGCCUCACCAGAUGAACAUGUUAAAUAUUGUGCAGCAGGAGAAGGAAAUGACUGAAAACAUCCUCACUGUGCUGAAAGAGCAAGCGGUCGACUCCAUCAGCGUCCUGGAAGGAGCUCUGCGGCUGAAGAAAGACUUCUACGUUCACACCAUGAGGACUCUGGACCUGCUGGCUGCCGACGCCGCCACCAACGGAGAGACGGAGUCCUCGACCGCAGGGUUUCGCAUCAGCGCUGAUCAGCUGCACUGUCAGGUGCAUUAUGAUUUGGGAGGUAUUUUCUUCCAGCAAGGCUGCACAGACCAACCAGCCUUUGAGAAAGCUCGAGAUCACUUCAGACAGACGAAGGAGCUGUUACAGAAGCUGGACUCGACCGUCCACGUUCACCUGGACGAGAGGCGUCUGGCCGGCUACUGGAACGCCUGCAAAGCUCUGACCGGAGACUGUGACCCGUCCGACCCCCAGACCUCCCCCUACGACCAGAUCAACAGCCUGAUCCGAGUGCACAACCACCAGGCCGUCAUUGAAGCCUUCAUCAGAGACAACGUAUCCCGCAGUUUACCAAACCACUUCAGACGCUCUGUUCUCAGGGAGUUCUUGUACAAAGUCCAACAAGGGGAGUCCGGUCUGGAUGAGGUUUGUCACAAGCUGUGUAUCUGCAACGCCGUCCGGGACGCUCUGGAGGGAGAAGUCCUCAGCGUUCGCUUCCUGCAGCUCCUCCUCAAACCCGACAAACCAAUGGUGGACUUCAUUUUAGAGGUGUGCACGCGUUCGAUGGAAAAGGACCGACCGUCGGAGACGUCCAGAAGAAACAUGGCCUCUUUCAUGAAGACUCUGUGUGAAAGCUUGGAGGAGCUGCCUCUGGUGUUCGUGGUGUCGUCCCACAAGCUCUUCAUGGAGCUGCUGAAGGAGGAGGAGAGGAAGGUCCUGGUGGAGCAGAUGAGGAAGAGGUCGGCCACCAUCAACCUCAGCGCCAAACCUCUGCCUUCCUUCUACGACAUCCCAGCUUCUGCCAGCGUGAACAUCGGGCAGCUGGAGCAGCAGCUCAUCCUUUCACUGGAGCCGCGCAGGAUCAGACAGAUCCUCAUCGAGCUGCACGGCAUGGCCGAGCGACCCUUCUGGAGGGUCAACAGCAAGUGGGAGGUUCCUCCAGACUACAUCAACGUCAUCCUCAGCAUUAAAGACAACCUGACCAAGGACCUGGUGUACAUCCUCAUGGCUAAAGGGCUCCACUGUAUAUCAAUAAAGGACUUCGCCCACGCGCGGCAGCUUUUCUCCGCCUGCCUGGAGCUCGUCACCGAGUUUUCCCCCAAGCUGAGGCAGGUGAUGCUGAACGAGAUGCUGCUGCUGGAGGUCCGCGCGCACGAGACGAUGGCGGCCGAGGGCAGCAAGGAGCGGCCGCCCCCCGACCUGGUCAGCAGGGUCAGAGGUUACCUCGAGAUGAGGAUUCACGAUGUGCCUCUGCGUCAGGUGGUGGGAGAAGAGUGCGUCGCCUUCAUGUUGAACUGGAGGGAGAACGACUACCUGACUCUGCAGGUUCCACCUUCUCUGGUCAUGAACAACCCGUACAUCAAGCUCGGACAGCUCCUGGCCUCCACCUGCAAAGAGCUCCCCGGUCCCAAAGAGAGCCGGCGCACGGCCAAGGAGCUGUGGGACGUGGUGGUCCAGAUCUGCAGCGUCUCCAUCCAACACAAGAGGACCAGCGACGGCCGCGUGGGUCUCAUCAAGCAGAGGGAGUCCUCCAUGGGCAUCCUGUACCGGAGCAAAUUCAUCACGUUCGUCAAGAAGAUCAGAGAGCCGCUGGUGCUGACGACUCUGAUCUCGCUGUUCGUGAGGCUCCACAGCAUCGUGCGGGACGACAUUGUGAAUGAAGUGACAGCAGAACAUCUCUCCAUCUGGCCGUCUUCGCUCCCUAACAUUCAGGGGGUGGAUGUGGAAGCUGUGGCUGUGACCGUCAAAGAGCUGGUUUCCUACGCUCUGACUCUGAACCCCAACAACCAGUCGUGGCUCAUCACACAGGCAGACAUCUACUUUGUGACCAAUCAGUACUCUGCUGCCCUGAACCUUUACCUCCAGGCUGGGGCCGUGUGCUCGGACUUCUUCACCAAAGCUGUUCCCCCAGACGUCUACACGGACCAGGUUCUGAAGAGGAUGAUCAAGUGCUGCUCAAUGAUGAACUGCCACACGCAGGUCGCUGUUCUUUGCCAGUUCCUGAGAGAAGUCGACUACAUGACGGCUUUCAAGGCCCUUCAGGAGCAGAACAGUCACGACGCCAUGGACUCGUUCUACGACUACAUCUGGGACGUCACCAUCCUGGAAUAUCUCACUCAUAUUCAUCACAAACGGGGAGAGACCGAGAAGAGACAAAUAGCGAUAAAAGCGAUCGGACAGGCGGAGCUGAACACCAGUAACCCGGAGGAAGUCCUGCUGCUGGCCGCACAGAAGAGAAAGAAGAGAUUCCUGCAGGCGAUGGCCAAACUGUACUUCUAAGACACGUGGAGCGAUGUCGGACUUUGUGGGAUAUGUAUAUUUUUAUUUUGUGCUAGAAAAUAAAUGUUUUUACACUUGGA